AGUCACUGCUGUCUAGCUUUUUGAGCUUUCAAACCCUGCAGCUAUGCCUCCUCCAGGUGUGUGCAUGAACAUCAUCAGUGCACGCCACAUGAAAAAUGGCUACGGGACUGUCACCAACCCCGAGAGGUUCCUAAACCAAGACUUCCACCAGCUGAAACAGUACUGUCUCAUCCAACAUCUAAGGUACAUCGAUGAGAUGUUUCCCCCUGACAGAAAUUCAAUCGGCAAUGGGAUACUGACGCCUUCUGACCUUGACCGAGUGGUGUGGCUGAGACCAGGGAAAAUUGUUCCAAAUCCAUCGUUUGUUGCUGACGGGGUGUCCAGGUUCGACUUUGGUCAAGGUUGGGUUAAAAACUGCUGGUUUAUUGCCUCUAUUGGAGCUCUGACAUUUCAGAAUCACAUCUUUGGACAAGUUGUUCCACUUGAGCAAAACUUUCACGAGGAUUACUGUGGACUGUUCCACUUCAGGUUCUGGAGAUUUGGAAAAUGGGUGGAUGUCAUCAUUGAUGACAAACUACCAACAAUUGAUGGCAGACUCAUUUUUGUCCACUCCAGAGAUCCAACUGAAUUUUGGCCAGCUUUGCUGGAAAAAGCCUAUGCAAAGGUGUGUGGUUCCUACACAGAUAUGAAUGCUGGAACUCCUGCUGAGGCAUUGGUAGACUUCACUGGUGGGGUCCACAUUUAUAUUGAUCUGUCAAAGCCCCCUCCAGACCUGUGGGAAAUGAUGUGUCGAGCUGGUCAAUCCAAGUCACUGAUGGGUUGUGGGACACCACAGGGUGAGACAACUGAAAACAUUGUACUACCAAAUGGGCUGGUCCAAAGCCAUGCUUACGCUGUCACAGGUGUUAAACAGAUGAUUAGCCGAGGGCAGAUGGUGAACCUGGUGCGUUUGUGGAAUCCCUGGGGCCACGGAGAGUGGAAUGGAGACUGGAGUGAUCGGUCACCUCUGUGGCAAACUGUGAGUCCUCAAGAUCGAGAUAUGUGCCUAGCAGUCUAUGAUGACGGCGAGUUUUGGAUGAGUCUGAAAGACUUCUGUAAGACCUAUUCAAAGCUCGACAUCUGCUGCAUGUGUCCUGACUUCCUGGAUGGAAACUCUACCUGUCACUGGAAAACCUCCAUUUAUGAAGGUCGAUGGGUUGCAGGAACCACUGCUGGAGGCUGCAUGAAGAACCCUGAGAGCUUCUGGACAAAUCCACAGUAUCGGGUCAAGAUUGAUGAAUUAUCCAGUGAAUGUGCUGGGAAACAGGGUGAAGUCAACAUGCUGGUGUCUCUCAUGCAAAAGCCAGAUAAAAGGAAUAGACGCCUGGUCCAGAACCUCUACAUUGGAUUUUCUGUAUUUGAGGUAAAGAUUAGCCUUUAUUGUUUCCAUCACACUGCUUUGAUUACUUUCCAGUAUGAAGAAGUGGAUGCAGAGCAGCUCAAGAGGCUCCUAAAUGGAAAAAUACUAAAAGGAGACUUGAAAUCUGGAGGAUUCACAAUCGAUGCCUGUCGCAGCAUGGUAGCUCUGAUGGAUACAUCUGUGACUGGAAAGCUGAAUGGUGAGGAAUUUGUUCGUCUGUGGAAGAAGGCUGUCACAUACCAGGAAAUUUUCUCCCGCUGUGAUGUUUCGAAAACAGGGACGCUGUCACUAAGCGAGCUGAGAAAUGCUAUGAUAGCCUCAGGAAAGAAGAUCAGCGAUGAGAUGCUGAAUUUGAUGGCUCUCCGUUACGGCACCUCGUCUGGGCACAUUACUCUGGAGAGCUUCAUCAGUCUAGUACUCCGCUUUGAAUGCAUGUAUCAAAUCUUCAACCAGUUGUCUGAUGGCAAGGCUAUGACUCUUCAGGAAACAGAGUGGAUGUACAUUGCAAUGUACACUUAACCUGACAGAGGAGAUGACCUGCAGGAAUGAGAACAAAGAAGAAAUAAACAAAAAAAGAGUUUUUCAGCAUGAAAAAAAAAAUCAUGAUAUGCAACCACUGGGUGAAGGUUUACAGUAUAUGAACAGGGCAGCAGAGUUAGACUACAAAUCUGUGAGGAGUAGAAACUUUACAGUACAACAGAUAGAACCGUGAGUGUGCAGCAUCUGUGAUUAUUUUACACUGAAAUCAUUUUUUACAAAAACUAAUUCUACCUGCUGUAAGUUUUCAAGUUCAAAGGUGGUGGUGCUUUAGAAGCACAAAGUUUGUGUCAAAUCUUUAUAGCCCAUGUACUCCACCUUUGCUAAAUGUUUCUGUUACUGAAGUUCUUUUUAAGUGGGUUGCUGCAUUUUCUUUUCCACUGCUAUGAUACCGUAAGAGGUUUUUUUUUUUUGAUUGUCUCCCAACCUAGAGUCACAUUGAAAUAUGCAAAAAGCUUUUGGAUGAUGUGAGAUUAAAUUUGAUGUCUUGGGAAAAAAUGCAUUCACUCUUGUGAUUGGAUAACCUUUCAUCUAGUGCCAUCAAUUGGUUGAAACUUUACUUUGUUAUUUAGCUGAGACCAUGUGUGCCUGUACGUGCAGCCUUAUGGUGCCAGGAUAUCUGAUAUGUCUGUAAAAAGUGUUUCUGAUAGAGCAUUUUAAGUGGGUUACUGAAUUUUUAGCUUGGAAUGGAUUUUUUUUUUUUUUAUAUUAUUAUCAGCUUCUACACAAAGAAAUGAUUCAAGCAGCUACGACAAGCAUCAGAAUUUCACGUACAAACCCCCUUUUUAGAUGAAAAAAAUAAAUGAAUGAA